CGGACCGCGGACCUGGAUCGCGGUGCCGAGUGCUGCGGCGGCCCGGCAGCGCUGCAGCCAUGAGCCAGGGCUUGGUGGAGGCGGCCUCUGAGACGGGAGAUGACAGUCUAUCUGCAAUUACCUUUGACUCAGACUUUGAGACGAAAGCAAGAAGGAAAGGUUUCCACAAGCCUCCCACAUCACCAAAGUCACCCUAUUACUCUAAGCCGAGAAAAGCAGCAUCCUGGCGGUCUCUCAGGACAGUGGGGAGCAUGCCUCUGAGUGGCAGAAUGUCCCUAACCCCACAGAAGCUCUGGCUGGGAGCUCCAAAGCAAGGUCACGUCCCGGGGACUACCGUCUACAGAGAGAAAGAAGAUAUGUAUGAUGAGAUUAUUGAGUUGAAGAAGUCAUUACAUACAAAGAAAAGUGACGUAGAUCUGAUGAGAACAAAGCUUCGGCGCUUGGAAGAGGAAAAUAACAGGAAGGAUAGGCAGAUAGAACAGCUUUUGGACCCAGGUCGAGGCCCAGAUUUUGUUCGGACCCUGGCAGAGAAAAGGCCUGAYGCUGGUUGGGUCAUCAACGGGCUGAAGCAGAGGAUCUUCAAGCUGGAGCAGCAGUGCAAGGAGAAGGACAGCACCAUCAACAAACUCCAGACUGACAUGAAGACCACUAACUUGGAGGAGAUGAGGAUCGCCAUGGACACUUACUACGAGGAGAUCCAUCGUCUCCAGACUCUCUUGGCGAGUUCCGAUGUUGCAGGAAAGAAGCUGCCGAUGGAAAAGAAGGUGGGCAUGAAGAGGCAGAAGAAGAUGAGCAGCACUCUUCUGAAUUUGUCCCGGAGCGUCCAGGAGCUGACCGAGGAAAACCAGAGCCUGAAGGAAGACCUGGACCGCGUGCUGAGCAACUCCCCCACCAUCUCCAGACUCAAGGGGUACGUGGACUGGAGCAAGCCUCGGCUGCUGAGACGAAUCGCGGAGCUGGAAAAGAAAGUAAGUUCAAUGGAGAAUGCAAAGCCUCACAGCUCAGAAUCCCACAGACCAACUCCCCUGGCCCACUCCGUCUCCAACAGCGCAGCACACAAGCAUCCUCGGGACCGGCCGGAGGAGCAGGAGCGCCUCCGGGGGGCAGUGAAGAGCUUGAAGGCAGAGCGGAGCGCGCUGCAGGCGCAGCUGCAGGAGAAAGAUGUGGAGGUGAAGCAGCUGCUUCAAGCAAAGGCCGACUUGGAGAAGGAGCUGGAGAGCAUGAGGGAAGGCAAGCAGGAGAGGCAAGAGCAUGAGCAGGUUUUGCGAGAGGAAAUUCAAACACUCGCCAACAAGUGUCAAGAACCGGAAGAAGCCAAGAAAGAGGAGCCCAGCGCUCCCAUGGAAGUGACUCGAGAGGCCUGCGGAGAGCUCUGCACACCCCCUCCCAGCAACAGGCACUCUCAGCAAGACUCUGAAGUGGAUUCUGGGCCGGAGGGCUGCCCCGAGCCCCUGUCCCCCAUCCCCUGCUCCGAUGGAAGGAGAGAGUCUGCCGCACAGACGCUGCAGGCCAGCUGGAAGGCCCACAGACACAAGAGAAAAAAAAAGGCUGUCCUGAAUGAGGCAGCCACUUUGCUCCAGGCAGUUUUCAGGGGACAUCUAGCCCGAACAAAGCUGUUACUGAGCAAAUCCUGUGGUUCAGAAUCUCCGGGACUGCCGGGUGUUCCAGAGCAGAGCUCGCCCACGCCCUGUGUCCCAAGCCCCAGUGCCCAGGCUGAGAGCAGCCCAGGGCAGGAGGAGGCCAUCGCCACCAUCCAGUCUGUCCUCCGGGGACACCUGGCUCGAGCCAAGCUCACCAGCUCCGGUGGUAAAAGGACAGCCACCACUGUACCUAGCAGAGCUGCAACAGCCAUGCACCCAGAGACCUCCCCACCCUCCUGGACGGCUUCUCCUGGUGAGAAGAGCCAAUUGAGUGGUGAGGAGGUUGCAGAGGAUGAGCCAGAGGAGCCCGCAGGCGCUCAGCCCCACGCCGCCGGGUCCUCCUCCAUGGAGCUGCAGGCCGUGAAGCCCCCAGCCCUGGAUGACAUCAACUCCGAUGACUCCGAUGAUGUUGUCUUUAUGCCACCUCUGCCCACAAAGAAAACCCCCUCCCCGUUCUAGGUCCCUAUUGUCUCCAAAUGGUGACAGCUGCCAGGGACAGGUUAGGUAGGGUUAAAGGACAAAGCACAUUCUAGAGGAUUCAUAAGUAAAUUGGAAAGAUGAUUUAUCUUCCUAGAGAAAGAAUGAUCCCUCCUGCACCUCCGCAUCCCAUCAGUUUUCUCGUUUUUGCUCUUUGGUCUGUUGGAGGAAUCCUGGCAGCCUUUCUCUUCCUCUCUGGGGAAGCCCAGGGAGCCACCUUGCUCUGCCACCUCCUGCCACAGCACCCAAAGUGGUUUUCAGUGCCCACAGGCAUAUUCCCCCUGCAUUGGGGACAGCCAAGGAGCUCUGUAAAGAUGAUGCUCUCCUAACAACCUACACCUGACCUUGACCUUGACCUGUGAGGAGCCACCUCACCAGGAAUCCGGGGCAUGCCACCCAUCCUCAUCCUGGAUGCCAUAACCAACCGUGGCCCCAGGGGUCCAGCUGAAGCACCCUUGCACCUUUGCGGGUGAGCCAGGCUUCCCCAGCUCCACAACAGGAUGUAGCCACUUCUAAGCCAGUGAAGAGCUGCAGAUCCCAGGGCCCCACAGUGAGCUCCCACCCRCAGGUCCCCUUCUCCCUCUUCCUUCCCCUGGGUGCUGUCUAGAGCUGCCCUUCCUGAGAAGGAGUCUGGGUGGAGUCUCGAGUGGAUAGACACUGGAAAGUAGAAGAGAGUGGUCACAGAAGCAGCGCCACACCUGGUUUUGCAGAAGAAACAGGUGGCCGCUUCCCGCUCUGUCACCAGGGAAGGUGCCUUAGCCUCCAGGGUCAUCCUCAGGGAAGCAGGAUAAGGAGACAGGCCUGUCAUCCUGGAGAAAGCAAAGUCUCGGGUGGGGACAAGUCUCGUUUGGGGUAGCCCCGUUACCCUUGGGGUGGGGCACGCUGACCUGGUGACCCCACUGAAGCUGGCUGAGGUGUGCGCUGUGGAAUUCCCUUGARGAGCCCAUCGUUUGAGUCUCAUAUGUGAAAUUAGCCCUUGCUGGUGGCAAAUAUUAAGAGCCUCAGCUGGGACAAGGUUUUGAUAGUGUCCAGACCCUGAGUAGCCCAAGUCCACUCUUCAGAAUCCCUGCAGACUGGGCUGCUUCAGCGCCAGCCACUGGGGAACUUCCGACCCAGGGCUGGCCAUUGUCUUAGGAGGGAUCUGAUGUUAGAAAGCUCCUUCUUGGACCAAACUGCUGGGGGCACCCAGGGGUCUUACCUUUAGGUACAGUCUCAUUCCUUGGGUGCACCCCCCACACACAACUGAACAGCCAGUGCUCUUGAACAUGGCAGCUUUCUGGUGUGAUCUCUGGGAAGCUGGGCUGCAUUUGGCUCCAACAGGGCCAGCAGGGACUGGAGCCUGUGCUGGCCAGAGCAUGAGGGCCUCCCUGCCUCUUUGUGACGGGGCUGAGUGAGGCUGGAGGACCUGUGUGCCACACAGGUUGGUGCCCAGUGCCUUCUCCACCUUGGCUCUGCUUACAUGGUGAGUAGGAAAACAUGGCGCCAGGGGCCCGGCUGUUGUAAUUUUUUCCUGUAUUUGGACUGUGGGCUACUAAAUCCGUUUUCUUUUUCCCACUGAACUGAUUGGAGUCUUGACUGACCUUGACUGACAUGAGCCCUCUGUAGACCUCCUUCACUGGAUCCCUUAGGUGUGUUCCCUAGCAGCCUGCACCCUYCUUCAGAACCUCACACGCACCCACUGAGUGCAGGAGGCAGGUGGCCCCAAGGUGCCUGCUCAUCUGCUGGGCCCAGGUGGCCCAUUAAAGGAGGGCAUUUCUACAUCAUUCACUCCUCAGGACCAGUGGCCUGAGUUCUAGAUUAGGGGGUUGAAGGAGAUUUUUUUUUUCUGACAGAGACGUCCCUGCCUCAGGUUUGGUGAACAAGCCUAUGCUUAUUGUACCUCCGAGAGGCUGCUGGGGGUAGAAGGGUACCCCAGCCCAAGGCCAAGGGCUGCCCAUUCGAGGCAUCCCAUUUACGUGAACUGUAAGGGGCCUGGCCAAGGGGCAGUGCCAAGGAGUUUAAAAGCAGCCCCUGGGCUUGAGUUUUCCAAGAAAAUGCCCUGAGAAUUGUAAAUAUGUACAUUGUCCUGUCUAUUUU